ACACAAUAGACGAUUCCGGAUGUUAUGGAGAGGCGGCGGUAGGGGGAGAAGUAAGUGUGUACAUUGUACUGUCUAAAAAAGGUACAGAAAUAGUAACAGUCACCGGUGGUGAAGAUCAGAGGUUAUACUGUAAUGAUUAGGUAGGCGGCUAUAAAGAAUCACAAAUCAUGGAUCCCAACGCCAUUUUGGGUGACAUUUCACGGACUGAGAUCUUCUUAAUUGAAUCUAUACCCCUUCUUGCUACAGCCAUUGUUCUCUACAUCUUAAUCAAGAUCUUAAAUCUCAACAGUAGAGCUGCUGCUCCAGUGGUGAAAUGCAAGGAUUCAAAAUUCAAUUGUGAAGUAAAGAAAUCUUGUCCGAUAUUGCAUGAAAUAUAUCAGCCUACUCUGCUAUGGGGAAAGAGUGGGCAUAUUCAGACAUACGUCUAUGCAAAACAUGGUCGCUUCCAAAAGCCAGCACCAAGGAAUAGAAGCAGGAAAAGUUUAGUCCUUCCUGAUAAGACCACUUUCACAUUUGACAUUUUUGAUCCAGUAGCAAAUCAUUCAAGCAAAGAAGACUACACCAUCUGUAUAGCACCUGGUAUUGCUAACUGCAGCGAGAAUUCCUACAUAGAAGUGUUUGCAUGGUACGGCCAACAACAAGGCUACCGUGUGGUUGUACUCAACCAUCUUGGCGUCCUAAAGUCAUUGAAACUCACCUCACCGAGAAUAUUUACUUAUGGCGACACAGAUGAAUAUGCAGGAAUGGUUGAAUAUGUUUUGAAAAACUAUCCCAGUUCAAAAUUGAUCGCAGUCGGCUUUAGCAUGGGAGCAAACACGGUUGUGAAAUAUCUUGGGGAGAAACCUGAAAGGCAACGUCACUUUGAGUGUGUAGUUUCAGUAUGCCAAGGCUAUGACAUUACUAAGGCAUCUUAUGUUCUCCACGAAUGGGAAGGAUUGAGACGGCUCUACUGUUUCAUGAUGGCGGAGAACUUAAAGAAGCAUAUCCGUCGUAAUAGCUACAUGUUGUUUGGUGAAGGAGCCAAGACAUAUAGGCAGAAGCACUCUGCUCCUGAUGUCUUCUAUGAUGUUGAACAAAUCUACAAAUCAACCAGCUUAGUACACAUAGAUGAACACCUAAACAGAAAAAUGCUUGGAUUUGACAGUCUGAAUGAUUUCUAUCGUUGGUGCAGCUCCAGCAACCACAUUCACAAGAUAUAUAUACCAAUGCUGAUGUUAAACUCUGAAGAUGAUGCUCUUAUUCCACCAAAGUAUAACGACACACCUGAAGCCUAUAUACAGACUGCUGAUAAGGCGAUGCACGUGACAACCAAACAUGGCGGCCAUCUUGGUUUCUACGAAGGCGGUUACAUAAAGGCCAACUGUGUAACCUGGAUGGAACGAAUGUGCUUCCAAUAUAUAGAUGCAGUCGUGGAAUUGAACGCUAAUGCGGAACUAUAAGGAAAGUUGCAAUAAUUUUCUAAUUGUAGUUUUUAAAAUUAAAUUAUUGGAUUUCUUACAAAUUGUCACAUUAUUAAAGCAUCGGUUUUAUAAUAUAAUUACUUAUCACACCUUCCUGCAUCACUUUAAAAAGUGAAUCAUUAAAUAUGAAGCAAUUAGUCUUCUUAUUUUUUUCUUCAUUUAUUGUUUCUAGGAAACUAAAAUAAUUUGUGUAGCUCUGUCCUGGUAUAGUAGCUUGUAGUUGGGAGAAUGGAGCUUUAGUCUUGGACUCCAGCACACGACAACAAAGUAUUAUUUCAAUCCAAGUAGAUAAUAAACUAAAUUUAUUUUAUUAUUGAAUUGUCUUGGAAAAAUUAUAAAAUGUGUAACAAAUUCAUAAUAGUAUAUUAUAAAUAUAUGUGGCUUUGCUUCCAUGCCUUUCUAUCUUUUGUACUUCAGUGAGUGCUUUGUAAUAUCAUGCAGGCUGUUUUCCACUAGGCGAAUUUAUUUGUGUCCGUUAAUGUGCAUGCACAUUCGCAUUUUUAUUGGAGUUCCAACUGUUUUUUACUUUUUGCCAAGUGAAAAUGCUUUUGAUUCACGUGAAUAAAUUGCCUAGUGGAAAACAGGAUUAAUUUCAAGUUUUAUACAUUUAUAGAAUAUCAUUUAACUGCAUAUGGUUUUAAAUGUUUCCACAAUAAUGAUUACAAAACAAAUUGUUUACUAUUCAGGUACACUAGGUGGCUUAGCCUUUUACCUCACUUUUUCAUAUACAUGUAUGUGGGUCCUUAUGAUGCAUCAGUGGCGUAUCUAGGGGGCGAGGGCGCACCCCCUU